AUGACCGUACCAGGUACGCAAGGGGGAUCAGCGCAGUUCUACGACAUUGUUAUUGUCGGGGCUGGCCCUGUGGGGUUGAUGCUCUCUACCUGCUUGGCUAGAUGGGGCUAUCGAGUCAAGCAUGUUGACAAUCGAUCAGAACCAACCAGGACUGGACGUGCUGAUGGCAUUCAACCGCGGUCGCUAGACCUUCUUCGCAACAUGGGGCUCAAGUCCGAACUCAUGGCCCACAGGCCAGCUCGAGUUUACGAAGUUGCCUUCUGGAAUCCUGACAGAUCUGGAAACGAAAUUGUUCGAACCGGGACAUGGGCGAGCUGUCCGAGCUUCAUUGAUGCACGCUACCCCUUUACCACACUAUUACACCAAGGAUACAUUGAGAAAGUCUUCAUCAACGACCUUGAAAAGAAUGGUGUGCUGAUACAGCGCCCAUGGACAAUUACGAGCUUCAGAUCCGAUGAUCAAGAUAAUCCAGAAUAUCCCGUCCGUGUCGAACUGAAACAUGUCGGUGAUGGGACGGUAAAGGAAACAAUUAAAACUAAAUAUCUGUUUGGUGGCGAGGGUUCACGGUCAUUCGUUCGUCAACAGCUAAACAUUGAAGUAAAACAUAUCGAUCCCAUCGAGCAUGUGUGGGGAGUUAUGGAUGGGGUUGUGAAGACUGACUUCCCUGACAUCAAGAUGAAAUGCACUAUUCAUAGCAAAUACGGUUCUAUUAUGGUCAUACCUCGAGAAGAUAACAUGGUUCGACUGUAUAUUCAAAUCGCGUCGUCGAACGAACCGGAUUGGAGCCCGAGAAAGACUGCAUCGCAAGACGAGGCACAAGAGUCAGCAAGGAAAAUCCUACACCCUUAUGCGAUAGAGUGGGAGCGUGUUGAGUGGUAUUCUGUUUACCCCAUUGGACAAGGAAUUUCAGAGAGCUGGUCAAGGAAUGAAUACGGCUUCCUGGAUGCCCUCAAUCUGGCCUGGAAGAUACACGCUGUUGAGGGGGGAUUUGCACACCGCGACCUCCUCAAGACAUACGAGUCGGAGCGCAAAGGAGUCGCGGAAAGUCUGCUAGACUUUGAUAACAGAUACGCGAAGCUGUUUUCCCAGCGGCCUCCAGCUGCGAAGGAAGUGGAAGCAGCUUCCGAGCAAUGCCCGUCAAACUGCGACAUGGUAAAAGAAGAUGAAUUUGUCAAGGUGUUCAAGGAGUCUUGCGAAUUCACUAGCGGAUAUGGCGUAGCCUACGGGCCAAAUGAGGUAAAUUGGUCAUCGAGUCAUCCGGCAACAUCUUCCCUCAUGCAACCUGAAGGUACUAGACUCCGAACAGGUCAUAUAUUUAUCAAUUCCAACGUUACGAGGGUUGUGGAUGCCAAUGUGGUACAUUUGGAGCAGGAGAUACCGCUUAACGGUUCCUUCCGCAUUUUUAUCUUUGCUGGUAGUCCUCGACUGACUCGGACCGCGUUGCAAGACCUUGCCAAUGGUCUUGGUGCAAAGGACUCUUUCUAUGGAGCCUACGUGAGGAAGGAUGUCAACUCGGUAUCACAUCACGAGCAGCAUAAUCCGCACAGCUUAUUCUUUACGAUAUGUACGAUAUUUGCUACCAAACGGGCGACCAUCGAAAUUUCCCGAGAUGUGCCAUCACUGUUGGCACGAUAUAGAGAUCACAUCUACGCUGAUGAUCGCUGGGACAGACGAGUACCUGAUGCGAGAGCCUCAGCUCACGCCAAGAUGGGAAUCGAUGAAGAAAGAGGUGCAUUAGUUGUGGUUCGUCCUGACGGCUACGUUGGUGUCGUGGUCAAGCUUGUGGAGGGAUCAGGGACAGUACAGGCCCUAAAUGAGUAUUUCUCAGCAUUCUGCAGUACAAGGCUGGCGGGUGUUACUCCUCGGGUGUAA